CCCACGCCGUACCUGUCACCGUCCAUUCCCAUCCCACCCCACUCCACCAGUCCACACCGCAGCAGCACUCCAGUGAGCUCGAAACCGAGAGGAGGAAGCGAUACAGUACUACAGGCAACCAUGGAGGUGGUGACCGGCAGCAACGGCGGGAGGCUGAACCCGUGGGCGGAGCCCUUCGUGCCGGGGAGCUGGUGCCGCCCCGCCCCCGUGCAGGCGGCCGCGGCGGAGGUCGAGGACUUCUCCCCCGAGUGGUGGCGCCUCGUCGCCUCCUCGCCGUCCUUCCGCGACAGCUGGCUCCGCGACUACGGCGACCUGGGGCUCCUCGACGCCGACGAAGGCCCGGACGACAGCGACGCCUUCUUCCCUCCGCCGCGCCACAACGGAGCAGAUGGAGAGGAGAGGAAGGGAGAAGCCGCCGUCAAGAAGAGCGGAGGCGAGGUGGCGCCCUGGGGGAUCGAGAAGUGGUGGCGGGCGCACGUCGCCUCGCCGCCGGAGGUCCCGAAGUACGCGGAGAAGGCGCCUGCUAAGGUCCUGGGCGGCGGCAGGUUCAGCCCCCGCACCAUCCAGCAGCCUCGCUAAGGGACCGACCAGCCUCACCGCGUUCCGCGUCGAUCCAUCGAUCUUGGCAUAAAUUAAAAAAAAGAUAGAAAAAAAUACUAGUAGUUUGCGAGCUCUUCUGCUCUUAAUUAGCUUUGCUUAUGCUUAAUUUCAUCGUGUCUCGUUUUCGUUCUAGUUUCCAGCUCAAGAUCGAUUGGAGGUUCAAUUCACUGCGCUGUGUAUGUACAUACGUCUGUAAAUGAUGUACUAGUGUGUAAUAAGAUGCAGUGAUGCAAUGACUCCAUUCGGUGCAAA